UGUCUAUGAAACAGUUGACAAGGUCAUAUUUUUGUGCAGCACUUCCAGGCCAUGGUGGAGUCACUGGAGGAGGAGGCCGCCAGUGAGAAGCAGCAGCUGGUGGAGACCCACCUGGCCCGGGUGGAGGCCAUGCUCAACGACCGGCGGCGUCUGGCCCUGGAGAACUACCUGGCGGCCCUGCAGGCCGACCCCCCCAGGCCUCACCGCAUCCUGCAGGCACUGCGCCGCUAUGUGCGCGCUGAGAACAAGGACCGCCAGCACACCAUCCGCCACUACCAGCACGUCCUGGCCGUGGACCCCGAGAAGGCAGCUCAGAUGAAGUCACAGGUGGGUCAUGUUUGAGCAAAGCCCUGAGGAUGG